AUGCUCACGACAGGGCCUCAAAGUCAACUGCAUUUCAAGAAGAAGAACGAUAACGAUAACCGCCUCAGGAACAUUCAAGGAGACGAUCCUAGCCUCCGUUUUAAUCGCACUGCCACUUCCACCCAAUCCAUAGACGACCCGUGCAUUUUGACAAUUCAAGGCAACCAGUACAACAUGACUGCUUGGGCCAAGGCACAUCCAGGAGGAAGUGCCAUCCUACAAAGAUUUCACAACCAAGAUGCCACCGAGGCGUUUUAUGCGACGGGACACAGUCAGGGGGCUAUUGAUAUGCUACAGGAUUUUCUCAUCAUUGAUGAUGAUGAUGAUGAGGAGGAGGAAGAGGUCAAACAUAAGAACACCGAAAAGGAAAAGGAAAUUUCAUCAACAACCGAUAAGACCAUCUUGUCAACAAAGACGAUUACAACCAAACCCAAAAGUCGAUUGGCAAGGAUUCGCACUAAACUAUUCACCAAGGAAGAUCCCAUUGGUAUUCACAAGUAUGCAGGUCUCUUUUGUCUAUUUCAUUUUGCUUUUCGCUACCUGCAAACAUGGUUUGGAGAUCCAAGCGCCGGAUUUGGCACUCGACAAGGCCUUGGAUCGAGUCCCUUGCCUCUACUGUGUUUGAUUCCACACACGUUGCUAUCUCUGUCAUCCCUUUUGUUUCACACGGUCCCUCGAGAACGAAUUGUCGGUCGGCCCAUGAUUUGGCAAGAGUUUCGGGCCCACAAUAUUAUUUUUGGAAUCCGGUCCAUUCUUGCGACACUUGCAGCAUGGACGGCCAUUCGAUUUCCUCAAACUCGAACAUUGGUCACCUGCUUCAGCUGUGGAGUAGUCUUGCUGAGCAUGUACUUGGCCAAUAUGGCCACGGAACAACUCCGGGACAAUAGUCUGGAAUCCACCACGGCUACCAUGCCAUACUGGGAGGGCUGCUCGGUGAAAACCCAGCGCCACAUCAAAAUAUUUUAUGCCCUGUGUCAAUUCAUGGCAACUAUGGCCUGCUGUAUAACUUGGAACCCAGCUUGGCCACUCGUAUGUCUAUUUCCGAUUCAAAUUGCCAGUUUGCUCAUGACCUUGGUGCGGAAGGGACUCUUGAGUACCAAAGGCUAUCAUUUGGCAUAUGGACUUUCUCUUUGCUUGCCUUUCUUGACGAUAUUGCGAACGACCAUUGCGCAACCCAAAGAGGUUGGCCUCAAAUCCGUUCUUGCCAGGAGAGGAUUCCAGGAAGAUUUAAUUUACACGGUUCCAGUCCAACGAGGCGAUUGGAUCAAAGUCGCUGGAGGUCUCUUGGACAUCCCGGAUUUCUACGUUGGUAAUGCCAAGGCCACAGGCAGGGGAUAUGGCUGGUACAUUCAACGGCUCAAGGCAACUGUCGACUUGGCUCACGAACAGAGUGGGGGAGAAAAGGUAUUGCUAUUGGGCCAUAGCGCGGGUGGGUGGUUGGCACGGGCAGCCAUGGCGGAUGGAAUUUGGUGUGAGGAAAAUGGCAUCCAAACGUGUGACCGCGUCCGGUGUUUGGUCACCAUGGGAGCCAUUCACAAGGAACCCAUCGAUGCUGCCAGUUGCGUUACCCGAGGUGCAUUGAAGAAUACCAACGCCAUGUACCCAGGAGCGUUCCUCAAAGAUAGUGGUAUUGGGUAUGUUUCCAUUGGUGGAGCAGCUAUUGUGGGAGACAACACCAAGGACCAAGAAUCCAAAACGGAUGCUGAUGAGCUGUAUUCCAACCGAGGAGAGGGCUCGGCGUCAAGAGUCGCGUUUAACUCUUACGAAGCAGUUUGCGGUAAAGGUAAUGUUAUUGGGGACGGAGUUGUGCCAUUUGAUUGGUCACAGCUGGAUGGUUCUCGAAAGAUAAAGCUCGAUGGAGUGUUGCACAGUAUCAAUGAAGCUGGUACCACAAUCCCUACCGAUCGGUGGUAUGGAAGCGAAGCGAUUAUUGAUUCUUGGUUGCCUUCAGUGUUGGACGAAGCUGGAUUAUCUCAGGCAAAAGCGAAAGGAUUCGAUCCAUUCGCUGGAUUGCAAGAAUGGGCUUCAAAUCUGAUGGUAGAAAGUAGUUCCAGACGGGCAGCCAUUCGCAACGUUGGGGCCUUAGUGGUUCUCUGCACCGGAAGCGCAUUCUUCAGCACUAGCAAAGCCACAGCGAUGUAUGAAAAUGCUCCUGUCGCAGACUCUAGUGUAAUCCGCUUUCCAAGUGGAGUUUCCAUCCAGGACUUCCGUCCAGGAGAUGGUGAAGCAGCAGCCGAAGGCAAGCGUGUGAACAUUCAAUGGAGCCUGAAAAGGUCCAAUGGCUACUCGGUUGACUCCUCCACAAACAAUAACAGUGUGCCAUUUAUAUUUGUCAUUGGAGCAAAGGACGGAACAAGGGCCAUUGCCGGUUAUGCCACAGGUUUGGACGAGGGUAUUCGAGGGUUGCGCGUGGGUGGUAUUCGUCGCAUUGUCAUUCCCCCAUCGUUGGCAUAUGUCGAGGGUUUGCGUGAUAAUAGUCCAGGCCCGAUCCCGCCAGACUUUGGACCGAGGCAAAGAAUCCAGCGUGUAAUGAAUAUGAUCAAAGAUGAUAUUCCAGGCGAAAGCUUUCUGUUGGACGUGAAGUUAACCCGUGUUCAGUAG